UCGCCCCCCACCCUCUUGUCUCCUGAGCUCCGCCCCGCCCUUCUCUGCUGCCCUCUCUUCAGCCCUGCCUGCCCUCUCUUUGAACUCUUCCCUACCCUGCCCUCCUCUCCCUUGCUUCUCCUGCAAGCCUUUCUCUGGCCCUGCCCAUCUCACUGCCUUCUCCUUAGACCGCCUUCUUCAUGGUCUUCCCACCCGCGACACGGAGAGUGCAGGCCUUCCUCACCUCAGCUGCUCAGCCUCCUCAGCACUCUUCUCUCUUUUGGCCCCUGCACAUCUCUGAUAACCUAUCUUUACCUGUCUCUCGGAUUUCGUUGUGCACCCCUGACAAAGGGUGUCUUUUUUUUUUUUUUAAGUUUUCUUCCAUUUGACCUGCACAGUGCUCUGUUUUGACUGUUGUGUUUCUGUUCUGUGGGAGAUAGGCACAUUGUAAUCCUGUAAAAGUCGUGUAUCGUCUCUCCUGAAGGCAGCAAGGCACCAUGACAACCCUGGAUGAUAAACUGCUGGGGGAGAAACUACAGUACUAUUACAGCACCAGCGAGGAUGAGGACAGUGACCAUGAAGACAGAGACAGAGCUCCAGCCAGCAGCUCCACACCUGCAGAGGCAGAGUUGGCAGGCGAAGGCAUUUCAGUCAAUACAGGUCCAAAAGGUGUGAUCAAUGACUGGCGCCGCUUCAAGCAGUUGGAGACAGAGCAGAGGGAAGAGCAGUGCCGGGAGAUGGAGCGGCUGAUCAAAAAGCUGUCUAUGACCUGCAGGUCCCAUCUGGACGAAGAGGAGGAGCAGCAGAAACAGAAGGACCUCCAGGAGAAAAUCAGUGGGAAGAUGACUCUGAAGGAGUUUGCUACAGUAGACAAGACCCUGGAUGACGAAGAGUUUCUGCAGCAGUACCGGAAGCAGAGAAUGGAAGAGAUGAGGCAGCAGUUUCAUAAAGGGCCCCAGUUCAAGCAAGUUUUUGAGAUUCCCAGUGGAGAAGGAUUUUUAGACAUGAUUGAUAAAGAACAGAAAAACACCCUUAUCAUGGUUCAUAUUUAUGAAGAUGGCAUCCCGGGGACUGAAGCCAUGAAUGGCUGUAUGCUCUGCCUUGCCACAGAGUACCCGGCUGUCAAAUUCUGCCGAGUGAGGAGCUCAGUUAUUGGGGCCAGCAGUCGUUUUACCCGGAAUGCCCUUCCUGCUCUGCUCAUCUACAAGGCGGGUGAAUUAAUUGGCAAUUUUGUUCGUGUCACUGACCAGCUGGGGGAAGACUUCUUUGCUGUAGACCUUGAAGCUUUCCUACAGGAAUUUGGAUUGCUCCCAGAAAAAGAAGUCUUGGUGCUGACAUCUGUUCGAAACUCUGCCACCUGUCAUAGUGAAGACAGCGAUCUGGAAUUAGAUUGAACUGAUAAUUUAGUUCCAUAGCUAUCUCAUUGUUUGGGCUAGAGGACACAUGUCUGUAUUUCUGUCCCUCCUGUAUCUUCUGGCUUUACAGCUGUUCUUCAUAGUCUCAUUUAGUAUAUAUGAAAGUCAAGAAAUUAGAUUAAAUCAGAAUGUCAGCUCAUGUUGUGGCUAGCAGUAAAGUGACUUCAGAGUAUAUAAACAGGAAGCUAAGCUUUGAGCUUUUUACUUAUCUAGUGUGUUUUCUCUGAUAUUGUUUCUAGUCAAUAUUGACGUGACACCCUUGAAGGCAAUGUCUUGAAAAUUGUCUUUUAAUAACCUCAGAGUUCCACCAGAUCCGAGAGUAUAAUUCCCUAGUGAGUGUGUUAUGUGUAAUAUAAAUAGUGCAUUUCCAUAAUCACUUGAUUGAAAAUCAUGUUUCCUUGUAAUCAGACUCAUAACUCUACUUUCUUUUUCUCUAGACCCUUCACCAGGGUCUGACUUAGAGGCUUCAUACAAGGUUAGUGAUGUAGCUCAGUGGUGAACACUUACUUGGAGCAUAUAUAGGGCUUCAAGACUGACACUUAUAUGGGUAGAGCUUGAAGCCUCAGUAGGAGGACCUUUCUGUUUGCUCAUCAACUUUAUUCAUUUUAUUUAACAAGAUAACUUCUUAUUUAACCUAGAUUUUUUAAAAAAAAAACAACCUUUUUUUGCUAGUUAGAAAAAAAUUCAUAUUUAGUAGAGGAAAAUUGGCUAAAUACAGAUGCAAAAAUGGUUUAAUAUACAUAUAUAUAUUUCUACCACAUAAACGCUAUGCUUUGGUAUAUUUCAUAUGUAGGUUUUUUUAAUGUAUUCAGAGGCUUUUGUUUUUAAAUGAAAUUGGGAUCAUUCUGAGCAUACUGUCUGAUCAUAUGGUCAGCCACUAACAUCAGAAUUUUUUUCAUAUUAGUAAAUACUCUUUUAAUAGUAGAUUAAUUGGUAGAUAUACUGUAAUCUGCUUGGUGGUUAUUUUUUAGAAAGAUGGCAAACUUUUUUAUUAUUAUGAAAGCAACAUGUUCAAUUGUAGAACAUAUAAUAAAAAUUACGCUUAAAAGAUAUUUAAAAGCCGACCUGCCUGUUUGCCCGCUAACUCAGUGGAACCCUGGAACACAGCUUGCUCCAAUACUGAGGGCAUCUAAGAGCCAGCCAGCAGGGAAUAUUCCUGCAGCUGAACUAUCCCCCAACCCACUCUGCCCCCACACCCGCCUGCUCGCCUGUGAGCUCAGUGGAACACUGUAACACAGAUUGCUCCAGUACUGAGGGGUCUUGGAAGAUAUGUUAACAGCCACAGGGCCAGGCAGCCGGACGCCCCACUCUCUAAGAUCUCCCCAU